AUGACCAGGUCCCAACUUCUGUUAAACACACUCCAACCUUUGAUCGAUUUCUCUCUCGAACCAUCUUUCCCGGAGACCCCAAAAAACGCGCGAAAAUGAGCGGAGACUCUCCGGCACCGGCAACUGGACCCGGACUGGUGAUAUCGACCACGGCACCCAUCCUCUCCUUCCUCGUCUCCGCCUCCACCGACCCACACCUCUCCAAGGACCUCCAGCAAACCGCCUCCAAGCUCUCCUCCAAAUCCAAUGUCCCCUACCGGGCCAUCCGCGCCCUCUGGGUCGCUUCCCGGGCCUCCACCCGGCCCCAAUUGGUCAAGCUCUUCUCCGGUUCCGGGUUCGUCUUCACCAGCCCCAAGCCCAGAGAGAAGAGUGAGGAGCUGAAGGCGAGGCUGAAGAAGCUGGAGGAGAUAUCAGAGAGGAAUGCAUAUGCAGAGCUUGUGAAGGAUAUAACGCCUCGGAAAGAUAGCGCACCGGAGCCGUUCUCUUCUUACAAGGAUCAAUUGGGCUUUGGUUUACAUGUUGUGGUGACCAUGUUUACCGGCUAUUUGGUUGGAUAUGCUGCAUUCAGAGCAUUGUUUAGCCACAGUCCUGUGAUGAAUGCUGCUGGAGGCAUUCUUGGAUUGGUCAUUGGCAUGCUUGUAGAAACGCUUAUUUUCAUAAUUCAAGCUUCCCGCUACGAUCUUAAAUCAUCUUCUUCCACAUCGAAGCUAAAGAAGGAUCAGUAGAUUCGGUAUUUGAAGAUCUGUGAUCCACUAUCUUGAAACUUCAAAUUGAAGAUGAAACUAUAGUGAACAGGACAGUGAAACCAGGUACUCUGUUGUGCAUAAAGAACCCAACUCUCCCGGUUUGAUUUGGUGGAAGCUUGGGAGUUUGGAUAUAUUCUUGUACUUCCAAAUGUAGAUCUCGGAGCUGAUUACCAGUUGCUAGACAUCAUGGGUGUCCAUAAGAAUUAAUAGAGUUUCAUUACACUGAGGUCAAAAGCCAAAGGGAAUCUUCGAACUCUGGCCUUGAAUAUGAGAGUGAAUGUAUAUUUGGUGCAUGUUUCUGUUCAACCAGAAAAAAACUUCUGUAGCUUUCUUUUUUUGAUCUGUGAUUCUUAUAAUCUCAAUAAAAAUAAAGAUUCAGAUUUAGUUUCAUAAUAAUACUCAACUGUGGUUUGUAUCCGAUUAUUGGACAUGAAUGCAAAUUAAAAAAAUAGAAAUAUCAAGUGAAUAUGGCCUAUUUGGCUCUUUA